AUGGCUGACAGCACAACUGUUCAGUCGCAGGUCCAUGGAGCUCCGCAUCAAUUCCAAGACAAUACCGAAAAAUGUAUUCAACCGGAGCCCAGCGGAAGCCUACACCCUAUCGCACCCCCACAGAGACAUAAUAGGGCGCAGGAACCGCAGGUUUUACCCACCAGAGCUCCCCAGACAACCAGAUAUAUGGUUCUCCUUCGAGCGGCCUGUACUGCCUGCACCUCUCAAGAUGGCGCCCGCCACGAGGCUCAAGGAGGAAGAGGAGCUCCUGGCCUCAUCCAAACAGAGCGUGCACUCCCCGGAGACUAA